AUGGUGUGGCUCCACGGGGGCUCUCUCAUGUCUGGUGCCGCCACCUCUCACGAUGGGUCCGCCCUGGCUGCCUAUGGGGACGUGGUAGUGGUCACGGUCCAGUACUGCCUGGGGUCCCUUGGCUUCUUCAGCACUGGGGACAAGCACGCGCCCGGCAACUGGGGCUUCCUCGAUGUGGUGGCUGCUCUGCGCUGGGUGCAGGGGAACAUCACCCCCUCUGGGGGUGACUUCAACUCUGUCACCAUCUUUGGUGGAUCUGCCGGUGCCUGCAUCGUCUCUGCCCUGGUCCUGUCCCCCCUGGCUGCAGGGCUGUUCCACAGAACUAUAGCACAGAGCGGAGGCACCACCGCACCGGGGUUCCUGGAUCCUGACCCAUGCAUCCGCUCUCUAUGGGAGGCAGAGGACUGGAAGGUGGGCACUGACGGCUCUAACUCCUGGGCUGAGAUGUUGCAGUGCCUUCAGCAGAAGGCAAGCCAGGAGCUGACCCUUGCCAAUAAGUUGCCACUCAGAAAAGAAGGUACCGUUGAUGCUACCUUCUUUCCCAAGAGCCCUAAGGAGCUCCUGAGGGAGAGGCAGUUCCGCUCAGUGCCCUUCCUCCUGGGUGUCAACAAUCACAAGUUUGACUGGCUCAUCCCCAGGGGCUGGGGUUUCCUGGAUAAGAUGGAUCAGAUGAGCCUGGAGGACAUGCUGGCCAUCCUGAGGCCCUACGGGACCAGUCUGGAUGUGCUUGAGGUGAUGCCCACCAUCAUAGAUGAGUACCUAGGCAGCAGCUCAGAUGGACAAGCAAAACAAGAAGGCUUCCAGGAAUUACUGAGUGAUAUUAUCAUGAACUUUCCCAUAUUGAAUUUUUCAAGAAACCUCCAAGAUUCUGGGGUCUCUGUCUUUGUCCUUGAGUUCCAGCAACGACCCAGUUCUUUUGCAAAGAUCAAGCCGGCCUGGGUGCGGGCUGAUCAUGGGGCUGAGAUGACCUUCCUGUUCGGGGGUCCUUUCCUCAUGGACGAGAGCUCCAUGCUGGCCUUUCCAGAAGCCACAGAGGAGGAGCGGCAGCUGAGCCUCACCAUGAUGGCCCAGUGGACCCACUUUGCCCGGACAGGGGACCCCAAUGGCAAGGGGCUGCCUCCUCGGCCCCUGUUCAACCAUUUGGAGCAAUACCUGGAACUCAGCCUGAUGCCACGGGUCAACCAGAAGCUAAGGAAGGCCCAAAUGCAGUUCUGGACGGAGACACUUCCCACCAAGGUCCGGCAGUGGCAGCAGAAGCCGAAGGGCGGGAAGGCCCAGGAGGAGCUCUGAGGCAGAUCCUGCAUCUUCUGGGCUGGGGGCUUACCCUCGGGGUGGCCAAGUCCCAGAAGGCAGCCUCCUUCUCCCCCUGUGAAGAGACUUGAACCCAAACCAGGCUGAUGGGUGGUCCUGUCCCUUAAAGCAUCAGCCCCUCCAUGACGCCUUGGAAAUGUUACCUGCUUCUCAUCUAGGGGGUCUUUGCCCAGAAUUUUCCCUCUUCCCACUUGCUUCAUGGCAAGUUCAAGCUCAUACAUCAAGCUUCCCAGAGGACCCUCCUCUUCUAGGAAGUCUUCCCUGCCUUCUCUGGGCCUGGCCCUAUCUGUGUCCAUUACAGUGUAGCCCACUCUAGGCCGGCAUUGUCGGUGUCAGUGUUUCUCUUCUCUGAGAAGCUCUCUGAGUGUGGAAAUCAGCCUGACCCCACUCUGCAUCUCCCACACCAGGAUCAGGCAGAAUCUGGAGUCAGAGGAUGCUUGGUGAAUGAGUGAAAGACUAAGAAAGUAUGAGAAUGGUGGCUGCCGGAUGUAAACCCAGGCCCUUUAGGCACCAAAGGUUUGCUUAGUUCUGCACAGAUGUUGUCCUUGCUGACCAGAAGGGUGUGUGGAUUCCGACAGCAAAGACCGGGGGCUGAGGAGGCCUGAGGCAUCAGGGGAUCCAGCCGAGAACAGAUCUCAGCCCCCAGAGGCCUCUGACUAGGGUCCGUGCUACCCUUGCACAAGACAGAGCCGAGUCCAGAGUCCAUAAAAACCGCUUUAUGGCCUGCCUGGGCUCUUUCCACCCACUCCAGCUAGGGGAGACCAACUUCUGGGCUUGCUCGGCACAGCUCUCAGAGAACCUACCAGGACUCAGGAAAACAGAUGGGAGGAGGGUGUCUGGACUAGGGCGUUGGUCAGGCUGUGGUCACAGGGAAAAGACGAGGUCUGCUCACUCAGGCUACAGCAGAGGAGGAGCAGCCAGAGGUUUUUGAGUGGGGCCACAUAUUUCUUUUUUUGAGGGUCAAUACACCAUUCCCUUGAGACAUCUGGAUUUUUAUACAUGUCACAAUGACUUGCCCUGCCCCCACUAUCCCAUCCUACCAGCUCUGGGGCCACAUAUAUCUUCCUCAGUCAGACUAAGUUCCCGGCUGCUGAUGGUUACAUGAAACCCACUUGCAGUUGAGACCAGUUCUGUUUUGGGAAGUCCAUUUGGGGCAGAAAAGAGAGUC